GCAUACUGUCUCCUUCAGCUUCCUGGAAAAAAGGAUUUGUUCAUUGAGGCAGAUCUCAUGAGCCCUUUGGAUCGAAUUGCCAAUGUCUCCAUUCUGAAGCAACAUGAAGUAGACAAGCUGUACAAGGUGGACAACAAGCCAGCCCUCAGCUCCAAUGAACAAUUGUGCUUCUUGGUCAGACCUCGCAUCAAGAACAUGCGAUACAUUGCCAAUCUCGUCAAUGCUGACAAAGUGGCUGGCCGAACUCGCAGGUACAAAGUGAUCUUCAGCCCUCAGAAGUUUUACGCAUGUGAAAUGGUGCUGGAGGAAGAGGGCAUCUUUGGAGAUGUGAGCUGUGAUGAAUGGGCCUUCUCUUUGCUGCCUCUUGAUGUGGAUCUACUGAGCAUGGAACUACCAGAAUUUUUCAGGGACUACUUUCUGGAAGGAGAUCAGCGCUGGAUCAACACAGUGGCGCAGGCUUUGCACCUCCUUAGUACUCUCUACGGCCCCUUUCCGAAUUGCUAUGGAAUUGGCAGAUGUGCCAAGAUGUCAUAUGAACUGUGGAGAAGACUGGAGGAGGAGGAGGAUGGUGAAACCAAGGGCCGAAGGCCAGAGAUUGGACAUAUCUUUUUCUUGGACAGAGACAUGGACUUUGUGACAGCGCUUUGCUCCCAGGUGGUUUACGAGGGCCUGGUGGAUGACACCUUUCGUAUCAAGUGUGGUAGUGUUGACUUUGGCCCAGAAGUCACAUCUUCUGACAAGAGCUUGAAGGUGCUACUCAAUGCUGAGGACAAGGUGUUUAAUGAGAUUCGGAACGAGCACUUCUCCAAUGUCUUCGGCUUCUUGAGCCAGAAGGCCCGGAACCUGCAGGCCCAGUAUGACCGCCGGAGAGGCAUGGAUAUCAAGCAGAUGAAGAACUUCGUGUCCCAGGAGCUCAAGGGGCUGAAACAAGAGCACCGCCUGCUGAGUCUCCAUAUUGGGGCCUGCGAAUCCAUCAUGAAGAAGAAAACCAAGCAAGACUUCCAGGAGCUCAUCAAGACCGAGCAUGCACUGCUGGAGGGCUUUAACAUCCGAGAGAGUACCAGCUACAUCGAGGAACACAUAGACCGGCAGGUGUCACCCAUAGAAAGCCUUCGCCUCAUGUGCCUUUUGUCCAUCACUGAGAACGGUUUGAUCUCCAAAGAUUACCGAUCUCUAAAAACACAGUAUUUGCAGAGCUAUGGCCCUGAGCACCUGCUGACUUUCUCCAAUCUGCGGCGAGCUGGACUCCUGACGGAGCAGGCCCCUGGGGACACUCUCACAGCUGUGGAGAGUAAAGUGAGCAAGCUGGUGACUGACAAGGCUGCAGGAAAGAUAACUGAUGCCUUCAGCUCUCUGGCCAAGAGGAGCAAUUUUCGUGCCAUCAGCAAAAAACUGAAUUUGAUCCCGCGUGUGGAUGGUGAGUAUGAUCUGAAAGUACCCCGUGACAUGGCUUACGUCUUCAGUGGAGCCUACGUGCCCCUGAGCUGCCGAAUCAUUGAGCAGGUGCUGGAGCGACGAAGCUGGCAGGGCCUUGAUGAGGUGGUGCGGCUGCUCAACUGCAGUGAGUUUGCAUUCACAGACAUGACCAAGGAAGACAAGGCUUCCAGCGAGUCUCUGCGCCUCAUCUUGGUGGUAUUCUUGGGUGGCUGCACAUUCUCUGAGAUCUCAGCCCUCCGGUUCCUGGGCAGAGAGAAAGGAUACAGGUUCAUUUUUCUGACUACAGCAGUCACCAACAGCGCUCGCCUUAUGGAGGCCAUGAGUGAGGUGAAAGCCUGAUGUUUCUAGCUGGUGCAGAAACCUUCUUGGACACUUCCUCAGUGGGAGGCAGGCAUCCAGCACCUGCUACUAACUACGUGUCCACCAGCUACGUACUGAGAGCUGCGAGGAACUGGUGUGGGAUUUAGAGAUCUUGUCUGACGAGAGUUCACGUCCCACCCACGUCCCUUUUCAGUUUAUGAAGUGCAGCCCAUAAUGCUUAGAUCCCAGGGAGGAGGGAUCCUUUGUGGAAUCCUGUUUGAUUCUUUGCGGAAUCCUGUUUGAAUUCACUGUAAAUAAAGCCUCUGCUCUCAAAUGUAA